AUGCCUAAACUGUCGUUGAUACUGAUUUUCUCCUUUUUCAUGAGUGUCUUGGUAUCCGGACGUGCUUGCGACCCAACCGAUCCGCUCAUCAGAUUUAUGCGAGAGUUAAAAGGUGCCCGCCAGGAAUGUGCGUCAUUGCUAGGGGAUCAUUCGACAAGAACAGUCACUACUACUACUUCUGUGGAUUCGCCUCCGACUACUUUAUUCACAGAGAUAGAUCGCGAAACCACCAUUGGCUCGGUCGAGGUGGAUAGAAUAACCAACACGGUCAAGCAUACGGAUACUGAAACCGUUACCAGUGCUGUAUAUGACGUGACGAGUUAUAGCACAGUUGUAGUCACAAUGACUUCAGUCGCUUCUCCCCAAGCUCGAACAUCAACGGUUUUUCAAACGAUCACCACCGGCGGCACUAUUACUUACUAUACGAUCACGAUUACUAGUUUCGGGACAACAGCUACAGGUGCGACUUUGACAUCUGCUACAACUACUGGAGUGUUAGUCACCACUUAUUUUGAUUCUACUACCACUGCGAGUGGCAAGCCACCAUUAGUAACAAGUGCAAGAACUAGUUUGAUAACGACUUUGCCAGAUUAUUCCACAGAAACCACUACAGCUACGUCUUUGCUACCUUCUACGCCUCUUACAUCUGUCAAAUCUACAAAGACAGGAAGCAAUAAUACCACGACGGGAUCAGAUUAUUUCACAGAAACGACCAUGGCUUCCUCUUUGCUAUCUUAUAAUUCUCCAAAAUCUCCGAUACCCAUAUUGCCAACAAGUAUUAGAAAAGGAUCUACACCGACCUUUUCAGCAACCAUCACGCCUUCAUCUCCAUUAUCUUCGGCUCCUCUCAAAACUACCAAGCCCAUAAUUACACCAAGUAAUAGAAGAAACUUUACAUCAACACCACUGGUGAAUAAUGCAACGGGGACUGGUAGGGUUUCAUCAUUGCUCCCUUCUCCUCUUCCAGUCACUACUGGUUCUACAAAGGCAAAUAGUACCACAUAUACCUCUUCUUCUCCUGGGUUUGAGAGUUAUACAACAGAGACUAGCACAUCCCCAUUUUUGCUGCCUUCUUCUCCAUCUGUUUACACGUCUAUUUCUCCUUCUUAUCUUUCUACUCCUCUACCCCCUACUACCGUUACCGCCGGUACUAGCAAAGGUCCCAGUGUUCCACUUGCACCAGGCUGUACCGAAUACACCAUCACGAUAACUGUCACUGAUCUUUCCCCUCGGCCAUCCACUGCAACCUCCACUUUCACCACGCUAGGGUCUAUUUACAAUACUUCUAUAUCUAAAAAUACAACACGUUUUUCCACACCGCUCACUCCCUCUCCAUCCCCAUCUCCCUCUCCAUUAGCAGGACCGGGUCCUGUCAUGAAUAGGUGGAGACGGUUCAAUAUUCCAAGAUCCUCGUCUACUACUCCCUCAAAUUCGUGGUACAAUGCUAUUAUGACAGCCGCCCCCAUUAUUCCCGAGAAUGGACUAGAUGCAUACCGCCUGUAUGACCGUGGCCCCGGAGACACGUCAUCAGCAUGCUCCUGCAUCAUGCCAUAUCUUUUAUCUCAGCCUAAAGUAACUGUAGUUGUUACCAAAACUAUACCGCCACGAAUGAUAUGGGUUACCAAAACCGAGGUGUUUACUAAAGUUCACAUUGAUGCCACAACUACUUUCACAACGUCAAUAGUUCGACACACAACCAGAUACGUCACGAUAUUUCACACAGAGGCCAAGGAAGCGAUGACAACGAAGUCUAUACCUGCCCCUGGAAUUGCGGAAUCGGCUCCUGUUGUCACCGUGACGAGCACGACGACUGUCCAGACGCCAGUUACAAGCACAGUAACUCAAUAUACUACUAUAUACGGAUGA